AUGUCUACUUCGCCCUCUCUGCGCUCCUCCUCGUUUGGAGACAGGCCGAGACCCUCUACGCCAGACUCCAUACCAUCUGCCGCCUCACGGGGGUCCUAUUUCUCUGUUGCCCCCAAGUCCGAAUACCUCAAAAAUGCAAUCCAUGCACGGAGGGCCCAGCCAAGUCCAUCGCUACCCCCUCAGGAUUUGAUACCCAAGCCUUCUUCGCCUGCGCCAAGCUCCCCACAACAAACAACGGCCCGAGUCUCACCGGAUAUCUUUCUCCAGUAUGCUCUGUCCGAAGAACAAACGGCGCCUGUUUCUCCCGUCCAGCGGAAACGACCCUCCGACUUUGGCUAUGCGACAUCCAAGACGAACAGGGAGCUCAGCAAGGAGAUUGAAAGACUCAAGGAAAGCCUCAUGACUGCCAAUUUGCGGGUGGAGUUGCUCAGCAGGAACAAAAAGGAAUCACAAGACAAACUUGCCUCGGCCUUGGAAACGAUAGAGCGCCUUGAGUCCAUCGAAGACGAGGUCCAUGAUCUUCGCGCUGAAAAUAAGAAACUAAAGCUUAGAGUCAACAGCAUGAAAGAGGAAAUGGCACGCCUCAACAAAGUCAACGAGGACCAUCGCAAGAUCAACGAGGAACUCACUACCAUAGCAAGCGAGAGUGCUGCACACUGGUCGGCUCACGAAUCCGCCAUUGACGAAGCAGCUGAAUGCAUCAUCAAGAUGGAAGAGGAGAAAGCUGCCCUGUCCCAGGAACUUCAGGAGCUCAAGGAGCGAGUCGCUGCUAUUGAACGCGUCUCUUCCGAAACCCCGCUCGCCCUUGGCCUUGACAAAUAUCCAUCGCGUGUCUACAGCGUCGACGAAUCGCGGCCCUCGACUAGCCAUUUUGACUCGGACUACUAUAGUCAACCUGAUUCACCCCAGCCAAAACCAAGCAGCGAAUCGGUCAAUUCCUUGAGACCUUCGGAGCGAUCAAGAAAGUUCCUUGAUUCGACCGAGCAACACAGACGAUCAGCUCGCAGUCUGGUCCAGCGCAUGUCGGCAGCAUCCCUAAGAGCACUUUCCGAGGCAACUCCGUGUCCUACCUACCAACAGCAAAUUGCUACUGUCGAAGAAGAAGAUAGAUCGCCUACUCCCCGGAAGGCUUCUGUACAGCGCCGCAGGGGCCAUGAUGCUGCUUCACCGACUUUGAUGCCUGCGGCAGAAAUUUGCUCUUCUCGACCCCAUACCGUGACGCCAUACGCAGAGACAACACCCCAUCCAGAUGGCCUUCGUGCCCUGUAUCAUCCUGAUCGAGCUAGGAACCGCAGAGCAAAUAACCUCCGCUCAUCUUCAGGCCAAUUCGAUAGCCCUACAAAUUUACAUCGUCUUGCCACUCGUCCACAGACUACAUACGAAACAUGGCAACGGCCUGGAUUUGCAGAGUCUGAAGUCGAUCUCACAUCAGUAGUCGAUCCGUUAGAAGACAAAGAGCGGUGGUGGCGUAGCAUGGACCGCUUAAAUAUUGACCAUGUAAUUGCUCGCUACACAACAUUGGAAUGA